AUGGAUGACUUCUUUACUCCAGUCAGCAAGACCUACUUGAAAGCAAGACCCGAGGAACCUCUUUCGCAAGAAUUGAACCCGAGCAAGAAGCCCGCACAAAUCGCACAACAAGAUUCCAACAUAGCCACCGUUGGAGAUGCUCUGGAAACCCUGAAGAACCAGCCGGAUUAUGACAGCCUCACAGCUGUUCUCAGUUCUCUCGACCAUGGCACGAUUGCCGCCGCAGGCUUCAACGUAGCAUCGCCGAGCCCCGAGGCCGCGCAGAUUAUCCAAUGCUUGGUUGUGGAAAUCAUUCCCAACUAUUGGCCCCUACUCAAGGAGGAGGCUCUUGGGAACUCGAGUACCCAAGACACCGAUAGCCCAAGGGGCCUUGAGUUGCUGCUGAAAUGUCUGAGGAAUGUCACGGGCCUCAACGCCGUCAUCACGCGCAUGAAAGCAUUGAUCCAGGAAUCUAAAGCUGUCGCCCAAGACGUGAAACGGUCGGAUCUGGCACUCAGUCUAGGUGUCUUGCUCGAGGUUUGCUCGACGGUGCUGGGCAAGCAUGAGCACCUCGCUAUGCUGUGGACUGCAAGCAGCUCAGGACUAAGCUCUAUGGUUGAAAGGAGACCGAUGGCGCAUGAGUUUACGGCACUGAUUGCAGGUGGAAGACUCAUUUCAGUUGCAGCCGAGGCCGAUGCCAUCGCUAAUGCAGAUAGGAUCAACAAGAACAACCUCUGGAUCGCAAAUGGACAGGAUUACAGCAAGUGGUUGGGCAGGAGCAUAACAUACUGGGCGAAAAGUGACAUUUCAUCCAAUGAUGUCAAGCUCUGCUCUGAUUUGUUUACGCGGUCUCUUCGCCUGGGCUACUCUGACGGUCUAAUGAAGCAGCUCAUCAGCGACAUGCUGCUCGGUCCGGAAGAAAACCGCAAUGCCUUCUUCAAAGUUUUCGGUCAAUUCUCCCAGCUCGAACAGAAGAGGGUGAUAUUUUCUGCUUUGCAGUAUUUACCCGAAGCGUUCCUCAACAAGCUGGACGAUGCGGAGGCAUUGGAGCCCAAUGUGGCUAUAUCCGCCGCUGCGGGUGUCAUUGAGAAGAUAGUUUCUAACGAUGAAAGCCGGAAAGCCCAUCUGGUUUCCUGGCUAACUAGCUCAACCGGUGCUGGCCUCGGUGACGGUGUUGGGAUCAGGCGUGCGGUCUUAGCUGCACUCGCACAAGACAAGGAAUGUGCUGCUCUCGUCUUUGAGAAGAGCCUUUACCAAUUUGGAGACCAACUCUACAUCAAGCACUCUCCAAUGAUGCAGCAGCAAGCUCAUGCCCAGGUCCUGCUUCUGAGCGCUAGCUACGUCAACAGAUUGUCGCCCCUGAAGCUCAAGAUGCUGAUGCGGUCUUCGGGUUAUCUGAACAUGGUAUCUAACAGAAUCGGCGCCUCGCAAGAGAAAGCCAGAUUUCUGGGUAUGGCAGUAGGCGAAGCACUUUCUGGCCUCAUCGAUGGUGGAGACAAGAAAUUAGAUUUCAAGAUGGAAGAGAUGGAAACUGAGGAAGCCAGGUUCUACAAAAACCUCGUCAGGACUUUGGACAACAUAGGAUCCAUCGAAACCUUGAUCACCACACCAAAGGCGGUAGAGAAGACGCGGCAGUUGGCAACGAAGCCGAAACGCCCUGAGCCUGCGCCAAAGCCGAAGCAAACAGUCACCCCCUCCAAGUUCGUCAUCCAGGAAGUCUCAGACUCCGAGAGCGAAGACGAAGACCUCGUUUCCUACGCCAAACCCGUCGACGAUGCUGAAGAUUCGGACGAGGACGCCACGCUCGUACGUCGCGACAAGCCGAAAGCUCCCGUCUACAUUCGUGACCUUAUCGCCUAUCUACGCGACACAGACAAUUACGACAAACAGAAACUUGCCCUCACUACCGCUCCGCCCCUGAUCCGCCGCAAGGCUAAUUUCGGCACCGAGGUUUCUUCGCAUAUUGAUGAGCUCGCAACCCUUCUCGUUGGUCUGCAGGACAAGUUCGAGAUUGAGGGCUUCAACGAGCUUCGCCUCCAAGGCAUGGUUGCUACCGUUGUCGCUCAGCCACAGAAGAUGGGCCAGUGGUUCGCAAAGACCUUCUUCGACGGCGAUUACUCCAUCUCCCAGCGUGCCUCGAUUCUCAUAGUUCUUGGCCUUAGCGCCCGUGAGCUCGCCGGGUUCGAAAAGUCUGAGCACGCCGCCGCCGCUUCGUUCCCCUCGAAGCGUCUCCCCGAGAAAAUGGAGGCGCUGUACCUUGACCCCUAUACCGCAUCAAAUCAGCCUUCAUCCUCAUCGAGCCUCAAGGCCAUUCCCACCAACGCCCUUGACACCAUCGCCAGCUCCUUGAUUUCUUCCUUCCUGGCCCCCAUAGCUGCCAACGCAGCAGACGCGACCACGGGCCCCGAUGUCCUCAAGCUCUCGACCUUCACAUCUCGCCUUCAAUCCAAAACCCCCAAGAAACCUCGCGUUCGCGCCAUCCCCAACACAACGGCCUCCAUGCUUGCCACGUCUUACUUUUUUCCUUUGACUGCUCGCUUCCAACAUGCACUGCGGUCCCGCUCCGCCCGCUCUGGCAUUUUCAUCCAGCCGUAUCUUCUCUCUCUUUAUCUUAAGACACUGGCUGUUCUCAUCCACGCGGCAGGCCCCUCGACGCUGGCACUUCCACAGAUGACGGCUGAGCUCUGGGAUCUGCUCCUCGGCGUGCGCGCCCAUGUCAACGGGGACAUUCCUGGGACACACGCGGUGCUUGUCGCGUUGGCUGCUAUGCUCGAGGUCAACGAGGCGUCGGACAUGCGGCGUUUGUGCGAAACGCAUCCACGUGAAGUCGUCGAGACGCAGGAAUGGGUCAGUGGGGUGUUCAAUGGCACACGUGGCGAGGGCGGAGGGGAGGAGAACGAUGUCAAGAUGCUUUCUGCUGGGGUGCUUGUCAAAUUGCAGGAAGCGACGGAGAGGUAUCGUGCCUUGCUGUUAGGUGAUAUGAUCGGUUUUUCAUAG